CCGAGACCCAGCAGCAGCACGACACCGAAUACCAGGAGUCCAUCAGCGAGAUGCUCCUGAACCUGGGGCAUCGGCUGUGGGUCCAGGCGCCCGUGCAGCUGCCGGCGACGCUCAGCCCGCGCCGCGCGUGGCUGUUCGCCGAGAGCGUGCGCCGCACGAUCAUCGUCGGGUUCAUGCUGCGCAGCGUGUACUCGCUGCGGACGCGGAACUACUCGGUGCGCACGCCGUUCGUGGACGCGUUGCCGUUCGACGUGCGGACGGGGCUGUGGGAUGCUGCGGACGAGGAAGGGGUCGUCACGGACGAGCUGUGGGGGUCCAGUGAGGGGGCGAUGGUCUCGUUACACGGGUAUUCGGGCAUGUUGGAGCAAGGGCAGGUGCAUGGGAUCGGGGCGUUCGCCGGGUUGAUCCUCGCGGCGUGUCGGGGCAAGCAGGUAGCGGAUGUCGCGAGGGGGUUUCCUACGCCUCCGCCUGCCUCUUUGGUAGUGGAGGUGUGAGAGUAUACAUUAUGAGUGAACCAUGAACAAAAAAAACAAUUCAAAGCCGGCAAGGUACGUCAUGC